AUUGUAUAACAAGUUCAAGACGAGUGGUUGUCGAAUCAUACAAAGAUAUCUUCCUUUCAUAAAAAUAAAAUAAAAAUCUUAUUAGAGGGAGAAAAAAAACUACUCCGAUCCCCAAAAAAAACAGAACCAUCGAUACUCACGACGAAGGAAGAAGGAAGAAGAAUGGGUGUUGUCAAGUCGGCGACUGGGGAUAUGCUGAUGACCUUCUCCUGGGUCGUCCUCUCCGCGACCUUCGGUUUACAGACGACGGAGAUCAUCUCCGCCGCGGGGCUUCACGGAGUCACCUGGGCUCCGUUGGCGAUCACCACGUUUCUCAUUUUCGUCUACGUCUCGUUAUUCACCGUUGUGUUCGGCUCCGCUAGCUUCAACCCUACCGGAAACGCCGCCUUUUAUGCCGCCGGGAUCCCUGGAGAUACCCUCUUCACCUUGGCCAUCAGGUUGCCUGCUCAGGCAGCUGGUGCUGCAGGAGGUGCAUUAGCCAUCAUGGAGUUCAUACCAGAGAAGUACAAGCAUAUGAUCUCAGGGCCUUCCCUUCUGGUUGAUGUGCACACUGGAGCCAUCGCAGAGACGAUCUUGAGUUUCGGUAUUACCUUCGCGGUUUUGCUUAUUAUCCUCAAGGGUCCACGAAGAUUACUCGCUAAGACACUCUUGCUUUCUCUCGCAACCAUUUGCUUCGUUGUUGCUGGGUCUAAAUACACCGGACCAGCCAUGAACCCUGCCAUUGCGUUUGGGUGGGCGUAUAUGACCAGCUCUCACAACACAUGGGACCAUUUCUAUGUCUACUGGAUCAGCUCUUUCGUUGGAGCUUUAUCUGCUGCAUUGGUCUUCCGUACUAUCUUCCCUCCAUCUCCAUCUCCACCUCGACCACAGAAGAAACAAAAGAAACAGAAGAAACCGAAGAAAGCAGAGAAACAGAAGAAAGCCUGAGGAGAUAAACCAAUCAGACACAACACCGGUUCAAUUCUUUACCGGUUUGGGAUUUUACAAAGAUUCAUAAUGUUGUUUUUUUAAUUCCAAAAUUAAGGAGAAACCAACAAAAAGUCUCCUUAUCAAUUGUUUAGAUUCACUCUUUAUUUAUCAAUUUAAUUCAGCUUUUCUC